GAGCGGACGGAAUUGGAAAAAGUGCUGAUCCCUCCUUCAGGAUUACCAGUGAUUUGAGUGACUGUUAGUGUGACCAUGAGGAGUCUCGUACUUCUCCUGGGCCUCUUUCUGGGCCACGUUCUGAUUCCAAGUGCACUCGCGGUGUCUCUCUAUGAACUGUACGAUGUGACGAAUGGCAAUCAGGCGUCUUUCCUGCCGCCAGGAAAUGACAAAUUCGCCAGCGUGAGACUCGGCACUCCUGUUCACUUCUUCACGCAACAAUACGAUGAGAUUUUCGUCAACACCAACGGACUGCUCACUUUCCGCUCGGAGUAUCCCUUCUUCGCCAAUGCGCCCUUCCCCAUUGAGUACCCGGCCAUCGCGCCCUUCUACUCCAACGUGGACACCAGCGUCGCCAAUGAGACCACGCAGAUCGCCUAUUACGUAACGCACGAUCCUCAGGUCCUCUACCGCGCCACGGACGUCAUUCGCAACGGCUUCACCAACACGAUCGACUUCGAGGCCAGGAGCCUCUUCGUGGCCACUUGGCAGAGCGUCGGACACUUUGACCAGAAGGCGGACGCCCUCAACACUUAUCAGGUAGCUCUGAUUUGUGGCGAUCGGGAGACUUAUGUGGAAUUCCUCUAUCCCGAGGGCGGACUGAACUGGAUCAAGGGCGACGUGGGAGAAUCCGGACUGCCAGAUGUGAGAGCUCAGGCGGGCUUUGUGUCUGAAGAGGGUGAAGUGUUCACUCUCAAGGGAUCUGGCCAGGAAAAUGUGAAAUACCUGUCAGAGUUGACAAACUACGGAGUCCCUGGAGUCUUUCUGUAUCGCGUUGGGCCAUUGGGCUAUGAUCAGAAGGUGCAGGAGCCUGAUCGUUACCUUGGUGGCCAGGAGGCCGCUCUCUACACCUGCCGCGAUCGAGGAAAGCACAGGUGCCACUCGAAUGCCAACUGUGAGGACACCAGGACUGGAUUUUGCUGUGCCUGCAAGGCAGGAUACUACGGAAAUGGAUACAAUUGCAUCCAGAGCGACGCUCCAAUUCGCGUUUCGGGACUUAUCACGGGCACUGUGGGUGAUAAGACGGUGAACUCACAGCUGCAAUCGUACGUCGUCACGUCCGAUGGACGGACUUACACUGCUAUCAGUCCUCUGGAGCCCGAAGUGGGAUCUAAACUGCAGGUGCUGCAGGUCAUCGGGAGUGGCAUUGCCUGGCUGUUUGCCAAGCCCGUGGGGAAUGUCCAGAAUGGAUAUCAACUGACUGGCGGCACUCUCAAUCACACGGCUGUUCUGCGCUUCGAGGGCAGUGGUGAGGAGUGCAGGGUUGUGCAGAGAUUCACAGGACUUAAUGUGUGGGAUCAGUUGGCGGUUGCCAUAGAGCUGGACUGCAAUCUUCCGGAAAUUCCGUACGGCGCGAGGCUGAGAUUUGGGGAUUACGUGGAGGAAUUCACUAGAGUCUCAGACACGGAACUUCGCUCCAAUGACUGGCAGAGGCGUAUUUUCGUUCAGGACUAUGACAAGGAUCUUGUCUUCAGUCUGUCGCAAGUGAUUACUUUCGAGAAGUGUCCCUAUGCGGAGAAGUCUGCGGGAUCUGGCGAGGAGUCCUUGCCGCAAAAGAUCACCAAGGUGUCUGCCUCUUAUGAGCCCAGGGAGCAGGCCAUCAGGAUCAGCAUGCUGAGCAAGGCGGGGAUAGACAGAUCGUCCAACCCUUGCACUGAUGGAUCGGCUAUUUGCGGAGAGAAUUCACUGUGUGUCCCGUCUCAGGACGAGGAUGAUGCUGAGAGUUACGUGUGCCAGUGCAAGAAUGGAUUUGCUCCGGAUCGGAUUGUCUCAGGCGUUGAGCACUGCGUGGACAUUGAUGAGUGCCGAGGAGUGAAUAUUUGCGAUGCGAAUGCCGAGUGUUACAAUGAACUCGGCGGAUACUCGUGCAUCUGUCGUCCGGGAUACCAGGGAAAUGGCUACGAAUGCACUCCCGAAGGAUCUCCUCAACCUGCUUACCCAUCAGUGAGUGUCCUUCCGGAAUACCCAACGCCACCUCAGAAGUCUGCACGUUGUGAGAGUCAGUCUGAUUGCUCAAACCAUGCCAUUUGCAUCAGUGACCUCUGUUUCUGCCUGAAUGGAUUCUCUGGCGAUGGCAAGACUUGCCAGCAAAACUGUGCUGAUGAUGAGGAGUGGGUGGUGAAUCAGUGUGUGCAUCGGGAUAGUCUGGAUCAGGACUAUCAGCCAGUGCAUUUCUGUACGGAAGAGCAAUGCACAUGUCCUCAUGGCUUCCAAAUCCUUGAAUUUGCCUUCGGAACCACUUGUGUUCAUCAGGAUGAUAAUUACUCGUACAAUGGCAGUGAGUAUUACAAUCCGGAAGGCAAUAAUGGCAGGCUGGAGCAGCCCUCGUGCAACGAACAGAACAACUGCAGUCCCUAUGCUGAUUGCUUGAGGAGCAGAUCAGAUGCCAGCUAUGAGUGUGUCUGCAAGCCUGGCUACGAUGGUGAUGGUCACACGUGUGAGGAGAAGUCGAUUUCCUGCGCAGAUGAAGACAUUUGUGAUGUCCACGCCACGUGCAAGUAUCUGCCGGAAGAAAGGACAAGCAUUUGCGUGUGCGAUCCUGGAUACGAAGGCAACGGCCGGACGUGCUUCAUGGCGGCGGAGUGCAUGCACGAGGACGACUGUGGCAUCUACUCAGUCUGCGAGUCUGGCAUGUGCCACUGCAAGGAGGGCUUCGAGAGGGACAUGUCCGAUUUCUGCGUCCCGAUUGGAUCCUGCGGAGGCGCGAUUUGUGCUGAGAAUGCACUUUGCCGCUGGGAUCAUGCUCAGAUGGUGUCCUAUUGCUUCUGCCCACCUGAAUUCGAGGGCGAUGGUAUUCACACUUGCAAAUCCAAACCGCCUGCGUGCAAUGUGAGAAACAACUGUGGUCUCUACGCUUCGUGCGUGCCGAACUACAGAGAUUCCACGGUUUAUGAGUGCGUCUGCGAUCCUGGAUUUGAGGGAGAUGGCUUUGUGUGCAGAAGAGAACUCAACUGUGUCAUAGAUCCGCGCAUGUGUCAUCCUCAAGCCACUUGUGUAGCGUCUGGCAGUGGAGUGAAGUGCAUCUGUAAUCAAGGCUACAUUGGAAAUGGGACUUUCUGCGCUGAGGUUCAGCAGCAUGAGACUGGAUUCUUGCUGAUAAGCCAAGGUGUGGCUGUUGUCCGGGUGCCUUUCUCAGCUACGAGAGGCAGACCUGUGUCCAUGUCCCAGAUGGCUAUUGGGGUUGAUAAUGAUUGCACUGAGGGCAGAGUUUACUGGAGCGAUAUUUCAUCUAAGAAUAUCAUGAGCUCGAAGUAUGAUGGCAGUGACAAGAAGGUCUUUAUUUCUGAAGAUAUCCUGUCGCCUGAGGGCAUUGCCGUUGACUGGAUUUCCAGGAGAAUCUACUGGACUGACUCAACUAAGGACACCAUUGAGGUGGCGAGUUUGGAUGAUCCCAAAUUGAGAGCUGUGAUUAUUCGAAAGGACUUGGUCAAUCCUCGAGGAAUUGCUGUUGAUCCUCAUCAUGGGAAAAUCUACUGGUCGGAUUGGAAUCGUGCACAGCCGAAGAUUGAGUGGGCGAAUCUUGAUGGAACGGCCCGAGAAAUCCUUCUAACGCAGCCACAAGUGAUGCUCCCGAAUUCAUUGGCCAUCUUCCAAAAGUCCGGAGAACUUUGCUAUGCCGAUGCAGGAAACAUGCAGUUGGGCUGCAUUGAUACUUACUCAAAGUCGCACAGAGUGGUGGUCUCAAAUCUGUCCUAUCCAUUCGGUCUGGCGAUUUCUGAUGAUCACUUCUACUGGACAGACUGGUCAACGAAGAGAAUCGAGAGCAUUGAUCUGAUGGGCAAUCGCAAGAUGGGCAUCUCGGGGCCACUCUUUGGCAGCCACAAGAUGUACGGCAUGACCGCCGUGACGGCCGAGUGUCCAAUGUACUUCAGUGAGUGCCAGGUGAACAAUGGCGAUUGCCCGGAAUCGCGAAUCUGCCUCCACAAUCCGAACGCGCCGUCGGGACGGAGCUGUAAAUGUGCCAACUCGCAGAACUGCAACGAGUUGCCCUUCGAUGACUAAAAGUUCGCACUGUGUGUUUGUGUUCG